GAGAGAUUUGAAUCGUGUGGGCCGUUGGAUGGGGCUGCUCGAGGUUGGCGUGUGGCGCUGCGCGAAAAGGGAAAAGUGUCGCGGCGGCUCUGGAACUUCUGCCCAGCGCGCCUUGUAAAAUGAAUGAAAAUAAACCUGGUGACUCACAGAAUCUUGCUUGUGUUUUCUGUCGGAAAAAUGAUGACUGUCCUAAUAAAUAUGGAGAAAAGAAAACUAAUGAGAAAUGGAAUCUCACUGUACAUUACUAUUGUUUGUUGAUGUCAAGUGGAAUUUGGCAGAGAGGUAAAGAAGAAGAAGGAGUUUAUGGUUUUCUAAUAGAAGACAUCAGGAAAGAAGUGAAUAGGGCUUCUAAACUGAAAUGCUGUGUUUGCAAGAAAACUGGUGCUUCAAUUGGAUGUGUUGCACCUCGAUGUAAACGAAGUUAUCAUUUCCCAUGUGGACUUCAGAGAGAAUGUAUUUUCCAAUUCACUGGCAAUUUUGCAUCGUUUUGUUGGAACCAUCGACCUGUUCAAAUAAUUACAUCUAGUAAUUAUAAAGACUCUUUACCAUGCACCAUUUGCCUGGAAUUUAUUGAGCCUGUUCCAACGUAUAGCAUAUUACGAAGUCCUUGUUGUAAGAAUGCUUGGUUUCAUAGAGACUGUUUACAGGUUCAAGCAAUAAAUGCAGGAGUGUUUUUCUUUAGGUGCACAAUAUGCAAUAAUAGUGAUAUAUUUCAGAAAGAAAUGUUGAGAAUGGGAAUUCAUAUUCCUGAAAAAGACGCAUCUUGGGAAUUAGAGGAAAAUGCUUAUCAAGAGCUUCUGCAGCACUAUGAGCAUUGCGAUGUCCGAAGAUGUCGUUGCAAAGAAGGGCGAGACUAUAAUGUGCCUGAUAGCAAAUGGGAAAUAAAGCGCUGUCAGUGUUGUGGUUCUAGCGGAACACAUUUAGCCUGUUCCUCACUACGAUCAUGGGAACAAAAUUGGGAGUGUUUGGAAUGUAGAGGUAUUCUCUAUAAUUCAGGGGAAUUCCAAAAAGCCAAAAAACAUACGUUACCCAACACUAAUAAUGUGGGCAUAACCGAUUGUUUGUUGGAAGAAUCAUCACCUAAAUUACCCAGACAGUCACCUGGAGCCCAGCAUAAAGAUCUGCUGAGGCAAGGCAGCAAAUUUAGAAGAGAUAUUGCAAGCAUUAUAAUAGAACUAGGAUUUCAAAUUAAAAAAAAAACUAAAAGAUUAUAUGUCAACAAAGCCAAUAUCUGGAAUAGUGCCUUAAAUGGAUUCAGAAAUAAAAACUUUAAUCCUUCAUACACAAUUGAAGUAGUAUAUGUUGAUGACAAUGAUAAUUUUGGAAGAGAAUAUCCUGGAUCAAAGCAAGAAUUCCUAAGUCUCUUAAUGCAGCGUCUUGAGAACUCACCAUUGUUUGAAGGGUCCUUGUCAAAGAACUUGUCUCUAAAUUCUCAAGCUCUGAAAGAGAAUCUUUACUAUGAAGCUGGAAAAAUGCUUGCCAUUUCUUUGGUUCAUGGUGGUCCUUCACCUGGUUUCUUUUCUAAAACCUUGUUUAACUGCCUUGUUUAUGGACCAGAAAAUACCCAACCAAUUUUAGACGAUGUUUCAGACUUUGAUGUGGCACAAAUUAUAAUCAGGAUAAAUGCUGCAACAUGUACAGCUGACUUAAACUCAAUAGUAAAUGAAUGCUAUAACUACCUAGAGCUUACUGGAUGUCUAAGAAUUAUAACAUCAUUAAGUGAUAAAUAUAUGUUGGCAAAAGACCUACUUGUUUGCCAUGUAAUUAAGAGAGUCCAAGCACCCUUUGAAAGUUUUAAGCAGGGUCUGAAAACUCUUGGUGUUUUGGAGAAAAUUCAGACUUAUCCAGAAGCAUUUUAUAGCAUCUUAUGUCAUAAACCUGAGAAUCUUUCCACAAAAAUCCUUAGUGAUCUUUUUACAGUACACACAUUAUCUGACGUACAGACUUUGGGGUUUUGGAACAGUUACUUACAAGCUGUUGAAGAUGGUAAAUCUGCAACAACAGUGGAAGACAUUCUUAGUUUUACAACUGGUUGCAAUUCUAUUCCACCUGCGGGAUUUAAACCCACUCCUUCAAUUGAGUGCCUUCAUAUGGAUUUUCCUGUUGGAAACAAGUGUAAUAACUGUUUGGCUCUUCCAAUCACCAAUACAUAUAAAGAAUUUCAAGAAAAUAUGGACUUGGCCAUAAGAAACACGCUAAGACUAGAAAAGGAAGCAAGUUCUCAUUACAUUGAACAUUAAAAUGUUUUGAACAAAGAGAUGCUUCUUUAAGAGCUGCUGUUGAUACUUUUUGUUUCAGAAAUCUGUCCAUCAUCACUUUUGAACAAACUUGUCAGCUUCUUGGCCCAAUAAAACUAUAAUAUGAACAUAAGGAAAUGUUUUGGCCAUUUAAGCUAAAAAAAUUUUUUUGUUAAGGUGUGCCAGUCGAAGUUGAUGCUAUUUUUCUGUUUUCUUAAUAUACUUUCUUCUUAAACUUCAAUAUAAAUACUUUCAGAAUGGCUGUACAGACUUACUUCAAGUAUAAUAGCAUGGUAUAUAUAUAUAAGAGAAAAACUUGUACUCACUGUUUUUGUAAAUUAGGGUUAGCUAUAGGAUGCCACAGUGAUUUUUCUAGUUAUAUGCAAUUUUCAAACUAUUAUUUUAAAGUAUUAAAUAGGAAAGCUAAAAUGAUAAAUCCUGUUAUAUAAGUCAAAAGCAUAUAUUCUGGGAUGUGUGUUAUAUGUAUCCUUUUCUAGGAUGGCACUAAAUUGGUUGUUAAAAUGUUUUUAGAUUACUGAUUUAUAUUAGAAUAGACCCACACUGCAAUUAGAUUAUGCCUGAUGUGAAGUAUUAUAUAAAAAGCAGAAUUGCACAAAUAUUCUAGAAUCUAUGGACAUUCCAUAGACUUAAAAAUGCUUCUGAGGUGGGUAAAAUAUAGUUGGAAAUACCUAAGAAAGUGUCUUCUUUAAAACUUUGGCUUUGACAGUUAAUUAUCUUCAAGAUGUUUGUGUGAUAGGUAAGCUGGCAUCAUUGCAUUAUACAGUUAUCUUCUUUGAUCUUGAAAGAUAUCUAUUGUAUAAACAAUGUAGAAAUAUGUAAGAAAGAAAUACAAAUAGAAUGAAAAAAAAACACUCUAAUCUCACCAUGCAGAAGUAACUACUGUGUUUCUGUGUAAUCUUCUAUAAACUCUUUAGUACUUAGGUUUCCUUUCUUUAACUUGAUUAAUGCCACUAAAAGUCAAAGAAUACCUAAAAGUAACAGGAAAUCAUGUAAUAACAAUUUGAAGAUACAUAGUUCCAUAGUCAUGUCCUCAUGUUUAUACUCUUGCAAAAGAAGAAAUUGGAAAAGUCUAAUGUCUCUAAUCUAUUAUCAAAUAUAAAUGGGCUUUCCACCAAAGUAAAUCGUAUGAGAGGUAAAUCAUUAUGAGAGGUAAACUGCUUGGUUUUAACCACAUUUUCCUUGAUACACAAAGCAGUUAUCAUCUGUUGUCAAAUUCUCAUUCUCCCCAAGAAACAUCCUUAAAUUAUCAGUAUUUUUGAAGAAAAAUAACAGGAUUGAUUGGAUACUGGUAAUAUAUCUCAAUACCAAAGGAAAACUAAAACAUAAUCCUAAUAUAGUUUUCUUUAUUACACUUACUAACAGACCCAGCAAAUUAAAGUUUCACUUUAACUCGAAGUUUUUAAUUACAUUAAACAAGGCAUUUCUUUGUCUUGUGUUGAAUUCUGUUAGAUUAUGGAAAGUAAUUAAAGGAUCAAUUAUCAAAAAAGAAUUUGAGUAUCAAACUCGCCAUACAGCUUUUAUUCCAAAUGUGUUGAUAAAUUGGGUAUUUUAUGUCUUAACUUACCUAGUUUUUAUAAAAUUUAAAAAACCAUUAAACCAAUACAAACCAAAAAACCUAAUUAAAGUUAUUUUAUGGCUAUCUGUAAUUUUAGUUAAUUUCCCCUACAGUGGUAAUUAAAGCUGGUGAACACUCAAACACUUUUUGGGUGAGGAGGCAUGUUGGGGAGGCAGUGUGCUUGGGUUGGCUACAAUUUAAAACAGUACUUCAAUUCCUCAUUUCACUCACUUUAUGUGUAGACAAGGCCUUAGGGAUAAGGUGGUGUAAAUAAUAAUUUAGAAUAUUCACAUUUUAAAGUGAAGCAUAAAUAUUCAUAUUGCAAAAUGUUUUCUGGUUUUAAGAAUGUUCCAUUAGUAUGACUUUUGGAUUAAUAUGUGUAGUCAAGGCAUAUCAGAGAAACCUGUAGGUUAUUUAUUUUCUGCAGCGUUACUAUGUCAAAUGGUCGGUAUUAUGAUUGUUCUUUUUCUAUUCAUUGUUAUAGCCAGUGCACAAUGCUUACUGACAUUGAUUUUAAAAAGGAAUUAUGCUAUAAACCUUUAUAAAUGUGUAUAUGUAUUUCUUAAAUAUUUCAAUCAUCUAAAUGCCAUAUAUUUCAAGCUUGUUUUCUAUUGCUUUCAAUAUCGAGGAAAACCAUAAAUUCGCCUAUUAUA